AUGGCUGAAGUGCCAGCAAACAGUGACAUCUGUGUGUUUACUGAUGGACAGCCCUGGGUUCCUCCAAUGCCAGUAGAGAUCCCCAAAAAUGCACCAGGUGGAAUGAAAGCCAUCAUCAAGCUGGUGGCAAAAAAACUUCACAGUAAAGUGAAAAGUCUUUACACACUCGAUGGGCGUCCCAUUAAAGUUCCAAUGGGGAUCAAGAACGGAGCGAGUUAUGUUGCCGUUGGAAAGGGAAAGUUUAAACCUGCUGCAUACGGUCAACAAAGUCAACCAUCCGUCAAGAACAGCACGAAUGAACGUAAAGUUAGUGCACCUGCUGUUCCAACAAUGAAACCUCCAAUGGAAGUGUGUGCUGAUGCAAAAAAUACUAACAUGACAAAUGGGAAAGAUGUUAAAAAAAUCAGCACACAGAAUACGUCAAGAAUCCCAGUUCCCUCCUCAGCACCAGAUAAGCAGCACAGUUCUCGAAAAAACACCGGCUGCCGUUUGGACACAAAAGAUAGGGAAAUAAAUUUCAUCCAGGACCUGCAGCAGUGCUCUGUGGUUUGUGACUUUCACUCGGACACAAAUUGUGACCUCGAGAAGAAAGAACAGAAGCAGAUGGCACUGAAACGAGUGUUGUACUACUUCAAGAACGAAACAAACACCAUCACUGAGCCCAUGUAUCCAGAGAUGGUGAACAUGUGUGAAGCGAUCAUCUUCAGGACGUUGCCUCCGUUGUCCAGUCUAAAUGAAGCAGACGAUGACGAAUACAAACUUGACGUUCCAUUGCCACUCCCCCAGCUGGCCCUUCAGUGCUUAUUUAAGUUUUUAACCCAUCCUACGUUUGACCCAAAGAUUGGAGAGAAGUACAUUGACAAGAAAUUUGUCAUGCAGCUUCUUCAACUUUUUGAGAGUACAGAUCCCAUGGAGAGAAAAAUUCUCAAAGUAGUGCUCUACGGGAUCAUUGAAACAUUUGCUGGAUUAAGAAAGUUCAUCUUCAAAGAAAUCAGUCACAUUUUCUGCAGGUUUAUUUAUGAGACGGGUCACCACAGUGGUAUUGCUGAACUCCUGGACUUAAUUAGAAGUUUAAUCAAAGAUCUUGAGGAGCCACUACGUCAAGACGACAGGAAUUUCCUCUUGAAAGUUUUGAUGCCUCUGCACACAGCGGAGUCACUUGGUGACUAUCAUCCAGAGUUGGUCAGAUGUGUUGCCCGGUUUUUGGAGAAGGAUGAGAUGGUAACUGAACCGGUUGUGAUGGCCCUCCUGAAAUACUGGCCAAAGAGCAACAUUAAAAAAGAACUGAUGUUCUUGGAUGCGCUGGAAGACAUUUUGCCUAUCAUCGAUCAAUCUGUCUUCAUCAAAGUACAAACACCUGUCUUUAAACGUUUGGCCAAGUGUGCAUCCAGCCUGAGCCAGAAGGUGGCUGAACGAACCCUUUUGUUUUUCGACAAUGAAGAUGUCAUGAUUUUGAUCAGCGACAACGCAAGAACCAUCAUUCCAAUUUUGUUGCCUGUACUAAAGAACAGUGCACAGACGCACUGGAAAGAGUAA